AUGUUAAAGCGUAAGUUAAGUAGGGUACAACCUUAUAGAGCCCUUAAGACAUUGCAUACUCCUGUUUACAAAUUUAAUCACCUGUCCGAUCGGAAACCAUUCAUAAAGGAUAUUGAAUUACUGGAUAAAAUUCUAUCAGCCAGCUCAUAUGACCACUCACUCCUUUAUACCAGUAAAUAUAAUAGUCAUCCACGAUUCAUUUCAUCUCAAAAUUCAAUUCAAUGGCGACAUAUUAUAUAUGAGUAUAUGAAUUCCCUCCAAAAAUCAGUUCUAUUCGAGAAUAAUAAAAUGUCUCGACAGAGGUCACAUUUAGGAAAAAUUGGGCUUGAUUUAUUUUUGAAAUGCACCAACGGUGAAGUAUCCUCCCUGAGUACAACUUUAUCUUCUAAUUUGUUUCGUGAAGUAAUAAAAUACAAGGAUAUAGAUAUCUUGCCUGGUGUACAGCUUGGGUUAACUAAAGUCCGUGAGUUUUUAUCAGAGAGAAAAAUACUCCUAAAAGAUUCGAAACAAAUUCAGUCUUUAAUUGAUAGCUUAACUAUAAAUGAGAUUGAUUCAGAAUUGUUGAAACGCGUGAUGGAGAUUCUGGAAUAUGAACUUGCUUCAAAUGACGUUGUCCGUAUCGUGAAGGGGAAACGGUUCAUUGACGAACUUGACAUUACACAAGGCUGGAAGGUUUAUAAUGGGUUGAUUGGAAACAAACAAUAUUUAAGAUCAUUAAACCUUCCUCAAAACAACUUGGUAUCUUUUGGCAAAUCGUUGGUUCUUGUAUAUGAUGGAAAUUUGAGAGAAGCUAAGCAUAUUCUUCCUACUUUACACUAUGCAACUACAUCAAAGAAACCUUUGAUUCUUAUUAUUACUGGAGAAUGUUCUGCUGAUGCUUUGACAUCAAUUACAAUAAAUAAUAAUAAGAAUGCACGGAAUAAAAAUGAAAGUAGAGUUGCUGUUAUCAAAUAUGUUGCUAAGGAUAAUGGUGAUUUGUCAAUUCAAGAAAAUUACGACUUGUUGAACUUUUUAAAACUUCCUAAGGGAUUUUCCAGUAUUUAUUCUCCGGAGUAUAGUUCAUUAGUCCCAAGUAAAGUUUGUGCUACUGAUUAUUUUGGCAAUAUUGAUUCUUUGAAAGCUACAACUUCUGAGGCAUUCCUGUAUAGUCCAGAAUUAGCCAGUGACGCAGAUGCUGAUGCUGCUGCUGAUGGAAAAAGUAUCUCUAACCCCAUGAAAAGGAUAGUCACCUUGUCAGUAGGGGGAACAAAUGAGACUGAAAUCAUUCAAAGAGUUGAAUACUUAGGCCAUUUGAUUAAUGUUAUUUUGUAUAAUGGACUACGAACAGGAUUUGUACCAGGAAGCGGUUUCGCAUUACUUAAAGCGAUUCCUUCAUUGGAUGAAUUACAAAGAGAAUACUCCUCCAACCUACCCAUGAAGUUAGGUUUAGCUGCAGUCACAUCCAGCUUGCUAUGUCCAACGGAAACAAUGUUGCAGAAUAAGUAUGGUAAAAAUAAACUACGAAAAAAUGAAUUGAUUUCUAGUACAAUCAAGUUAGGCAAUUUCUUGGAAGUGUCAUUGAAUACUCAAGAUUCUGGAAAAAAUGUAAUCGAAAAAGGCAUAUUAGAGCCAUGGAAUCGGGUUGAUAAGGCUCUUUCUGAUACUUUACAUUUCUUACAAUUAUCAACAAGUUGUAACACUGCAAUUACAAGAGUAUGUGAAAAACCCAGAAAGCCUUCCACACAGAGCUAA